AUGGAAAUAGGUUUUGUUUUGUCCACGGCCAUCGUGACUCUGAAAGAUGUGUUGCAGACAAUCUUUCUUUGGUGCAAGAAUGUCUGGUUGCGUUCUUUCGUUGAUGAGCGCCACGCUCUCAUCCCUCAACUGUGUGUCCUGUUCGUGCUCGCCGGUGUCGUAGGGCCCAAAUUCGUCGCUAACAGCCAGUCGGUCUACGACACGUCUGCUACUUUGGCCGGGAACCGCCUGAGUUUUUUUUCUUGCUUCUCGGCCUGCUUCGUCAUGCUUUUCGGGGUUGGCCUUGCCUCAGGCGCGACCGUCGACCCCGCCUGGGCCGCCGCAAACGAGGUCUCUGCUGGGGCACUAGUCGUUGCCGGCUUCGAGCCUCUGGGGGCAUUCGGGCAUUUCUGUGCUGUCAUCGUCGGGCUCGGCCUCAUUAACAAUAACAUCCCUGGCACUUAUUCUGCAGCGCUGGCCUUCCAGCUUUAG